GCCAAGCGUCUCACCGUCCCAAUCUUUCUUCCUGCUCUCGUCCGAAGUCUUUGCCGGCAAUCCGUGGCCGCUCUCUCAAACAGACAAACUCGGCUCCCGCUCUCAUUCCCCCUCGCAGCAUCCGUCUGUUAUCGCACACAGCAAAAAUGGCACGAUCCACAGACUCUGCCCCGCGCAAGCACAAGGUGACGGUUAUUGGGUCCGGCAAUUGGGGCACGACGGUCGCGAAGCUCGUGGCCGAGAACACUCGGGAGCAUCCUGAUGUCUUCGAGGAAGACGUCCAGAUGUGGGUGUACGAGGAGAAUGUCACAAUCCCCGCGGAUUCGCCCCACCGCGCUGCUGCGGGCGACCAGCCCCUGAAGCUCACCGAGGUGAUCAACAAAUACCACGAGAACGUCAAGUACCUCCCCAAGGUUCCGCUGCCACCCAAUGUCGUCGCCAACCCGUCGCUUCUCGACGCCGUCAGGGACUCUUCCAUUCUUAUCUUCAACCUCCCGCACGAGUUCAUCGGCAACAUUUGCAAGCAAAUCAAGGGUCAUAUCCUCCCCUUUGCCCGGGGAAUCAGCUGCAUCAAGGGGGUAACAGUGACGGAGGACAAGGUCGAGCUGAUUUGCGAGUAUAUUGGCGAGACGCUGGGUAUUUACUGCGGCGCCCUGAGCGGGGCCAACAUUGCCAAUGAGAUCGCCAACGAGCUAUGGUGCGAGACGACCAUCGCAUACAACGUACCACCGUGCGACUCGCGGGGCGAGAACGGCGAGAGCGGCGUCAAUGGAGAGCACUAUCGUGACGCGCGCGGUGCAAUCAGCAAAACGCAGCUCGCUCCCGUACCUCAGGAGUACCCGCCAGUGGACCAUGACGUGCUCCACAAGCUCUUUAACCGGCCUUAUUUUACCGUCUCCAUGGUGUCGGACGUGGUUGGUGUCUCGCUCGCCGGUGCGCUCAAGAACAUCGUUGCGCUCGCCUGCGGCUUCAUUGAAGGUCACGGUUGGAACAUGACGGCUAAGACGGCCGUUAUGCGCCGUGGCAUGCUGGAGACGAUUCAGUUCUGCCAAGAAUUCUUCCCCGAGACGGUCGACGAGAUGACGUUCUGGGAGAGCGCCGGCUGGAGCGACAUGAUUGUGAGCUGCACCUCGGCACGCAACUGGCGCUACUCCAAGAUGGCCGUGGAGCGCGGCGUCUCGCUACAGGAAAUCGAGCGGACUGAGCUCAACGGCCAAAAGCUGCAGGGUAUCUCGACGACGAAGGAGGUCAUGAGCUUCUUGAAGGCUCGUGGCGUACAGGAUAAAUAUCCGCUGUUCAAGGCGGUUGAGGGGAUCGUGGAUGGGACGUUCGAGGUCAAGGAAAUUCCCGUACUGUUCAGGCAACAGUAAAAAAAAAGCGACUUUUUGUGGGCAGGAGGCGCAUGGUCAAGCGCCACAGACAGCGGAUUGCAUCCCACAGGGGACCAGCGUUCCAUAACUUGAUACUCUAAUCAGAUCUUAGAAUGGUGUAGCCCAUGGGGAAACUACCCAAGCCGGAAGACCCCUCGGUGAAACAGAUUUUUUGGACACCACGUAUCAUCACCCUUCCCACUAGCAAUGCUCCAGCGUCGGGAUUCAGGGGUGCGUUGAGCGUCAUUGAUACCCUUCCAGGAAGGGUGUCUUUUCCUCGUCUGAAACCUCCAUCUUCCCCCUCAGCUCGUUUACAAGGCUCUUCCUCCUCCUCCUCCACUUGGUUCCCGGCUCAGCCAGCACCCCGUCCUUGUUUUCUGGCUCCAUGGUCCUCUCCCCGUCCCCAAACACACUCUUCCCGACGCAGUCGUAACUCAUCCAGACCAGAUUCACAACCACCGUUGUCGCCGCUACCACCCACGCCGGCGACCGCCCGCGCUCGUCAGCGAGCUUCCGCCCCGCGAUCAUGAGCAGGAGCAGCAGGGGAGCCCAGAAGCCCAGGAAGAGCACAUGGCCCCACUGCUGCCGCCGCGUGGUGCGCCUGUAGGGCUGCAGCGCGCCGAGGUACGCCUGGUAGUCGUGCGGGAGGUCGUGCUCGCGCGCCCCGUCGACCAAGAGCUUGAGGUACCGCGCGGACGGCUGCGCGUAGCCGGGGUCCGGCCGCUGGACGGGGGUCAGCAGGGAGGAGAGCCAGGUCGGACGGCGGGGGCUACGCGUGUCAGCUUUGUCGCUGUCGUUGUUGUUGUUGGUUUUGUUGUUGUUCUUUUUAUCUUUGCCAUUGUCAUCGUCGUUGUUGCUGUUGUCGUCGUCGUCGUUGGGAAGGCGAGGCGCGUAGAGGGUGUGCGCGAGGAAGGGCUUAGGCGGGUCGGGAAUGGCGGGCUUCUCGGGCACACGCACGCUCGGGGGUAGGACGAAGCACGGGACGAGGAUGUCGUGGUAGCCGGCGCCGCCGCCCUCGGUAGCGACAAUCUUGGCGUAGUCGUCGUUUGUGACUUCGUAGACGACGCCGUACAAGCCUUUGUUCCAGACCGGCUUGUUCCAGACCGGCGAGCGUCGAUCAUCGGCAGCAUCGUC